AUGGACAGUUUGCCACUCGACUGGUCGACACUGACGCCGUUGUUUGCCCGAAGAUGCACCCUUUUGGCCGCGAUAAAGAUAAAUAUUAAAGUACACUACGAGGCGAUCUUCCGAUCCUGCUUUUCCCAUCUACGAUUUCCAAUUUGUUUAUUGGAAAUCUUAUUCCUAUUUCUCGACAUUUCUCCAGGUUCAAGUUGUGAGAUCUCAUUGUUUCGACCAUCCAUUUGUCAAGCUGCAAAGAAAAGAAAUGAUAUGCUCGACGAUGAUAUUGCUGUGGAAAGUGUGCGUCGAAAGGAUCUCAACGAGUCG